CCCAGGUCGUUCACAACGGGCGCAGUCUUCGACGUUGGGCUGGAAUGCUUAGACGAUAAGGCAACAAUGCGGCGCAUCCUCGUUGUAGGCGGCAAUGGCUUCCUGGGAUCCGCCAUUGUCAAGCAGGCCUUGUCUCGACAGUGGCAAGUCGUCAGCCUGAGCCAGUCUGGCAAGCCAUUUGUGACACCCGCUGGCCACCGUCCAGCGUGGUCUUCCAGCAACCAGGUGGAGUGGCAUGCUGCGGAUGCGCUCAAACCGGAGACGUACGAGGAGCUUGCGGCCUCGUGCGACGCUGCUGUGCACACCGUGGGCAUCCUCCUCGAGGCAGACUACAAAGGCGCAACAUCGGGUCCUUUCGACAUCUUUCGGGGGCUGGCAAAAGGUUGGGGGCUCGAUGGGGGUAGCAACCCUCUGGACCCUUCGAGCAAGCCCAGUAUGAGCUACGAGGUCAUGAACAGGGACACGGCGCUCACCGUCGCCCAGACUUUCCUGUCGACGAGGAAAGCAGCGGCGCCUUUCGUCUACAUCUCCGCCGAAGACAUCUUCCGACCCAUCAUUUCGUCAAAGUACAUCGAAACGAAGCGGCAAGCAGAGGAAGGUAUCACGGAAUUGUCGCAGGACUCGUCGCUGCUCAGGCCCAUCUUUCUCAGGCCUGGGCUGAUGUACCACCCCCAGACUCGUCCGCUCUCGACAUUGCCUGCUGCCGCAUUUGAUCUUUCUGCUUCGCUUCACAAGUGGCAUGAAUCUUCUCGCUUGCCGAUUCCCACCGCCGCAUCAAUCCUGAAGAGCUUCCCCGGGGCCGACCUCAGCGCUCUUUCCAGACUCAUGACUCUGCCUCCUUUGCACGUCGACACCGUCGCCAAAGCCGCAUGUGCUGCGAUUUCGGACGACAACGUGAGGGGGCCUAUUGAUACCUAUGCAAUGAGGAAGCUGGCCGGUUUCGAGAAGCCAGCCGAGGUCAAGUCAUGGCCUUCGCAGUCGAUGGCUGGCUCGGGAAAGAGGACGCCUGGACAGGUCAGAACAUUCACCACCUCUGCGAGGCGUAGUGGCCCCCAGUCUUCUUCGUCAUCGACCGACGAGUCGUCGACGAAACUACCGCCCGUCUUUGUUGCAGCCAUCAUCGUCGCGGGCGCAUCGUUCUUCAUCAUGGCCUCUCCACUCCUGAACGAAGCGCCCGUGUCGGCAACGCAAGAAAAGCGUAACCUGGUCGAGGUGACGCAGCAGGAUCUCAUGCGGGCUCGUGCCACCACGCAGGGCGUCUACGCUUGGGGCUCAAAUCGCUACAACGUCGUCGCUCCCGACUCUCCGUUAGUGACGCUGGUUCGGUCACCGAGGUCGAUUCCUUACUUUGAUGGCAUCGCUCUGCGCGAUCUGGUCCUCAAGGAGAAACAUGGAGUGGCCGUUGAUGCCAACGGCGACGUCCUCCAGUGGGGUUUAGGAUUUUUCGACCCCUCUUCGCGCCAAAGAAGCGAUGACGCUCUCGAUGACGUACCUCUUGGUCGACGAAGAGAGAAAGAAAAGGCGAAUGAAAUGACUCCGAAGGGCAGCAUGGCCGCUCAGCCAAUGGCACCCGUCAAGACAUUGGUGGGCAAGGACAUCGUCAAGGUCGUCGCUAGCGAUCGCAAGGUCUUUGCUCUGGGAAGCCGCGGAGACAUCUACGUCUUUGCCGCCGUGCAGUCGGAGCAGUGGCCAGGCAAGGCGGCCGGCUGGAGCUGGAACCCGCUGUCGCUCUUUGGUCUUCUCUCCAAGCCGAUGAUCGACCACGAGAAAUUUUCGCUCGUGCCUGGCGUCGCUUCGUUUGCGAGGGGCGAGAAAAUCGUCGAAGUUUCGUCGGGCACCUCUCAUCUGCUCGCGAGGAGCAACAAGGGGAGGACAUUCAGCGCGCCCAUCGACGAAGACGGCAAUGCUUUUGGGCAGUUGGGGACCAGACGCAUCAUUCUCAACUCGCCAAAGGAUGACGGCAAGGUUGAGCUCGUCGAGGCCGUCAUGGAACCAAGGAUGCUGAUUGAGCAAAUCGAGAGCAUCCCAAAGACAUUCAGGCAGUCAGACGUCCUGCCUUCGUGGGCGCUCCCGCCAGGCAUGGAGGGCGACUCUGUAGGCCGACACAAGCCAAGGCAAUACGCAAACGUUUACGAGCGGAGAAAGGUCGAGAGUGGCUUGCCACCUUUGACGGAACCAAGCUGGAGCAUUCGGUUCUGCACGACCUUGCACGAGGUGCCUGCGCUCAGGGGCGUCGAGGUGGCUCAGAUUGCUGCUGGAUCAGAGCACUCGCUCGCGCGGACCCCCUCUGGUCGUGUCCUCGGAUGGGGACGGCAGACGCACGGCCAGAGCGGCUUGGGAGCGGGCAUCGCAGUCGAGGCGGUCCCUGUCCCGACCGAGGUGGUGCUGAGCAAAUGCUUCCCCAACACCAGCGUCGACAUCACCUGCACCGACAUUGCUGCCGGCGCAGACAACAGCUUCUUUGUCAUGAGCCGCCGAGAGCCUGGAACGCCUGGCGUGGGAACCAAGAUCGACGUGCUGGCCGUGGGCAAGGGGCAGUGGGGAACGCUGGGAAAUGCAAUGUGGAGUCAGGUCACGGCGACGCCCGUUAGGGUCAAGACAGUGAGCGGCCUGCUAGAGUACUCGGAGAGGACGGGCAAGACGCACCCGGUGCCGAUCCACUCCAUCUCGGUGGGCAAACCGGGAUCGGUUGCGCUUGUGCUUGACACAGUCGAGACGGAGGGCCACCAGGCCUUUGGCCGGGACGUCAUGGUCUUUGGCCACAAUGCUGCCUACCAAUUGGGCACCGGGAAGAGGUCCAACCUCUCGGUCCCCCAGCAUCUGCAGCCGCUGCCACCGUCGACGCAGACGAUUGGGGGAGAGGUCCCAGGUUUGGAAACGGACAAAGCCGACCCGAAGUUGAGAGAGGCCGACGUCAACUCGGGCGCUCUGACGCAUAUGCCCCACAAGCGGCUGCAGCUCGUCGGUAGUACAAAGGGCGAGACGUGGAGUGCGCCUGACUUUGCCAACGACGGGCAAGACGAAGGCAGGGUCGGCGGAAAGAAGAAGAAGAGGGCCGAAAUUGAAGAGACGAUCAUCUGUGGCAGCGUCAGCAUGGCCAUCUUCUGGAAGGUGCAGCAGUAGACGACCAUCACUCGUGUACACAUCCUCGGCCGUGUGAUUACAACGGAUGAGAAAGGGUUCUUCUUGGUCAAUCAUAUUGGUAUUGACGAAAUAUGACAAGAUAGCAACUAGCAAAGCGAGAAUGUCUGAAUCAGGGCGAGAGUGGCAUCUACAGAAGCAAGGACUGGUCUACACUGGAUGGAAACGUGGUAUAAUGAUGUUGGUGACGCUCUUCUCGGACGUUCUUUGCCAUUGCGAUUGGCGAAUCUGAGGGCGGCGAUGAGGCAUACGAAGU